AUGCCCGCUACCACCGCCGAUGAAUUUCCCGCCCUUACUGACCGAGAUGUCCACACCCUCUUCCAGAUCAUUAAUGCCGCGCAAAACUCCUCCCAGACGGGCUCGCGCGCCCUGUUCACCGCCUACGACGAAACCCUCGCGCGUUACGGCAUCAAUCCUAAUCAUGACCGAGUCUACUUCCGCUUCUUGCUGCGCAUGGGGGCCGGCCGCCCGGGCGAGGACCUCUUCAACCGCUUCAAGAACUUCUUGGCGGAUCUGGGCAUCAGCGUUGAGCUUGAUGAAGGAGGAGACGCGGUGGACGAGAUCACGCGGCAGAUCGAUGGCCUGGAGCUUACGGCGAAUGGCGCGCAAUCACACGGGCGACGCUCGCAACGAGCCUCUCGACGCGCCUCGUUCAACUCCGCGUACCUGGAUAACCAAGAGCCCACCUGGAGAAGCGAGGAGGAGACGGAUGUCUCGCCGCCGGCACGGAAACUGCCGAAUGGAACCCAUAAGCGCUCCUCGAGCCGCGCGUCGGAUCCGACUGGUCGUCGCUCCAGAUCAUACAAUGCACGGCCACGGCCCUUGGAGCACCUACCCAUCAGAGGUAGGGUGACAGCUCGCGCUUCUUCUGAAAACCUCAACCACGUCCGGAAAAGAGCAGGCUCUGUCUCCAGUCAAGGCAGUCUUAUAAUCACCAGGCCGCAAUCUCGGAAUCAACACCACUCGAGACCCUAUGCGCCACAGCUCGAUGGCUACAGCAAUCCCAGCUCCCCCCAAGCAUCAACCUCUGAAUACACCUCCGGUGCAGAACCAGACCACUUCCUGCCACCCGAGCUGCUCUACCGUCCUUCCGAGACGCAGAUGAUAGCCGACGCCGAAAUAUUCCAGUACAACCGCUCCCGCGCCCUAUGCCGCCGCGUCCUAGCCCGCUGGCGCGACAGUGCUCUCCACCUGAAACAAAUCCACGAUGAGUGGGACGCCCGAGCCACCUCCAUCGACCACAGGACAAUCCUCCACGAUGCCUUCGCGACAUGGCGCCAGCGCUUCUAUGACAUCCGCAACGAGCGGGCAGCGGAAGAGUGGGUCAUGCAAAAGUCGCGAGCGGCCGUUAAGCUCCGAGAUAUGUUUCUCAAGGACAAAACGUUCUCGCAUUGGGUAGGGUAUACUGAAGAGAAGGCGUUAAAGACCAAGGCUGCGAGGAGGCAUCUGCUGCGGACAAAGUACUUGAGGGCGUGGAGAGAUGUUACGGUUGUUAAUGAGCUGAAAGUCGAGCGGUUUAAGCUGAAGAAGUGGUUCGGUGUUUGGAAGGGACGUACCGCGCGGAAUCUCGAUGGUGAAAAACUGGCGCUGGAACGGUACGAAGAGAGGCUCGUGCAGAGAGUGUAUUGGAAAUGGUUCUGGGCCUACUUGGAGCGCGGGGCGUCCGUUUAUGAGGAGAGAAAGACUGAGGCAAGAUACUUGGGGAGAUUGGCUGAGGCUGUACAAAUAUCGCGAGAGAAGGAGGACAUGCUUGAAGAGCUGAGAAUCAGGCAUGUGCAAAGGAUGACGGUGGAGUGGUGGGCUUCAAGGACGCGAGCACUGCAGGGAAUGGAACCUAUUGCGGACGACUUCAGGCGGAAAGCAAUGCUAGCCACUCCACUCAACAUCCUCAGGACCUACGCUCGACUUGCUCCGCUGGCCAGACAAGUCAUCACGGCCGUAGACACUCGCUUAAUGCGCACUGCUCUCCUCUCGUGGCAGUCUCGAGCUCGUUCACAACGUCAGGCAAAGGAGGUAGAUCGCAUGCGAGUUCUGCGCAAUACCUGGACGACCUGGAAUGAUCGUCUCCGCUGCCAGGCACUGUCGGCUCGGAUUGACGACCGAGUGGUCCUCCAAUCUCUGUACAAGUGGGUUCUUGCGUCCCGUGCAGCGCUGCUCAUCCGCGUUCGGAAUGCCAACCUCAAGACCAAGGUUCUCUACAACUUAUACAACAAAACAAACGAACAGCGCAUCAAGGUCGCGGCCGCAGAGCGGACGUUCCGAUCCCGUCAGCGAGCACGCUGUCUUCGCAGAGCCUUAUCCUCCUGGCGGAACAGAGUGCACGGGCUACGCCAGCAGGAAGGCCUUGCCCUAUCCCUCUACGAGCCUCGCCUCCUCCAGCGAACCUUCCACACCUGGCACCAACGCUAUGCCCACAUAGCAGAGCUCACCACCCAGGCCUCCCAAGCCCAAUUCUACGUCCUAACAACACACGCCCUCAAGAAAUGGCGCGACGCCACCUCCCAUGCGCAACGUCUCCGCCGACGCGAAGCUUACGCGACAGUCCGCCGAAAAGUAAAGAUGGGCACCUGCCGGCGCGCACUAGAGACAUUGCGCAUCAAAGCGGCCGAAGUAGCCGGCAUGAACCGCACCGCGCAAAACCACGCAGAGAGCAAAACCGUGAUAGUCGCUGUCCGCCUCUUCGACACCUGGCGGCAAAGAACCAUUUCUAUAAUGCAAGCAGCACAGCAGGCAGACACCCUCCACGCGCUCAAACUCCACACACAGACCUUCCGCCUCUGGCGCCAACGCCACCAGCGCUACCAGCAAGACGAAGCCAGAGCCGCGGCCUUCGCGGCAGAGAUUACAGCGCCGGACGCGGUAUCCGCCCUCCGCAAACUAAGCUGGCGCCUUUUCCAGAUUCAGCGCCAAGAAGAGACAGCGCUGGCGCUUAGAGACAAGCACUGGGAAAGGCAUAUUAGAGGGAUGUUGCGCUACUGGGCUGAGCAGACAGCCGCAAUCCAGGAGGCGCGUCACGAGGCGGAAGCUCGGACGCAUCGGACGCACCACACGCCUGUAGCGGAUCUCUUCGCGCAGACGCAGACGCGCGAAGUAGAUGAGCUCGCCAGCAACCCCGACCCCGAUCCCUACCCUGGCCCCGAUGACGACGAAGACGACGAAGACCAAGCCCUCGCCCGCGCAUCCGAGUGGACAGCCUUCGACGCCUCAGGCCUAAAUCUCGACACGCUGAACCUGGACCUCGACCUCAACACCGAGCUGCUGGCUGGUGGACCAGGUCUCCCUGCGAUAACGACCUCGACGCCGCUCCCUGGGUAUCUGAGGACGCCGGGGAAACGCUCCACGGCGCGGCAGAAGGUGCGGGAGCGGCUUGGUGCGUUGGCUGCCGUACCCGCGGGCGGGGGCAGGGUAGGAUAUGGCGAUGCGGUCACGCCUGGGCCCGCUCCCGCAGCCUUCGGUUCGAGGGCCGCGACGGCGCCGCCGGCUGCUGGGAGCGCGAGGCCCGUAGCUGCAGCAGGGGGGGCAACUAUCACGCCGUUCGAGCGCAAACUCCGGGCCCAGGGCUACGGAGGCCGGGGUUCGGGGAGAGGAGGUGGAAGGAGGGGGUUUGGAGCUAGUGCUGGUGCUGGAGGGGCAAGGGAGAGAGGGUUUGUGGUUGGGUUUGAGGACAUUGCUGAGGGUGGGAGUGGGGACUUGGAGGGCUGA